AUGGCUCUCACUUGUACUGACAUUCCAAAAUUCAUCUGCGCUGUCAUUUUUCCACCACUCGGUGUGUUCUUCGAGACCGGAUGUGACUGCCAUUUGGCCAUCUGCAUUUUGCUCACGAUUCUCGGAUACAUUCCAGGAAUCAUCUACGCUUGCUAUGUGAUCUUGGACCAUUAA